AAGACUUAAUAAGCAGUUUUCUGUUAAUUUGGCACGAUAUCGAAAUAACAACUUAAAGCAGAGAAAAUCAAAGUUUUUUUCAUAUAUGAAUUUUUAACAAGUUUGUGGUGAUAAUAAAUUAAAGAUUUCUGGAGUUAGACAUCAAAUUGGGACGAGAUAUUUUCAUAGGUUAUGAAAGGCAGACAAAGUCAUAAUAAAAAGUUUCCAAAAAAAAAAUGUUAAAAGUGAGCAACAAUCAGCAACAGUAACAAUAUUGACCACAAUUAUUUCAAUAAGGCUAUUUAAGAGACUUUAAUCAGGAACUGAUGGCACCAACAAUAAUUAGAGUUAAGCGAAAGUUUGACGAAAGUCAAGAAGUUGAUCCGAAAAUCGUAUUAAACUGUAAAAAACAGAAAUUAAGUGAGAAGCAUUUUAUCAUCAUUUGUUUUAAGGAUGUCUAUUCACAAUUUUCAUUUGUCGGAACUGUGCAAGAAGAAAAUGUUAUUCCGGAUCAUAUGCUUAAAAUAUCAAAAAAAGAAGCCGAAAACAUUGUACAAAGCAAGAGUAAUCUGCAAAAUUCAGGACUAAGUAAUCGAGUAUCUGAAAAUUUGGAAAAAAUAAAGGAAAAGCGAUUUAAGGUUGUCAAUUUUAUGAGAAGUUCUGAAAAGUCUGCUUACCAAGCAUCAAAUGGAGAGCAAAUAAUACUCGACGUUGAAAGAGAAUAUGAUUUUAAUAAUGAAAACAUAACGGCAGCUGGUUUGAAUGAAAAAUCUUCAAAAUCAUAUGUUUAUGACAUUUAUGUUGCACAGGAUGACUUUUCUUCAAUAUUACAGGCAGAUGUCAUAGAUAUUAACGAUUUAAGCAUUUUAGAAUACAAUGAUUAUUUAUAUUCAUGUCCGCGAUUAACUAAUGACCUUGAUGACGAUUUACACGACGAUUAUGAUGAGGAUUCAAAUGAUGAGAAUAAUUGGCGAAAUGAUUAUCCCGAUGAAGAAGAUAUCUCUGAUUCUAGUGUGGAUGAAAGAGCAAUGAGGAAAGCGAUGCAAAAUUUUGAAAUUGAUAAUGAUUUGUCUAGUAGCGAUGCUGAUGAAUUUAAUGAAACUAGUAAUGACGGUUUCGUGUUCUCAAUAAAUGCUGAAGAUAAUGAUUACGACGAUUAUGAUUAUGUAAAUGCUGAUCAUGUUAGUGGUACAAGUUAUGCAAAAUAUCGAAAAAGAAUGAUUAAGGACUUAAAGAGUGACUCUGAAGAGUCAAGCGAAGAAGAUUAAGAGAAGAAAAAGCUUCAAAUUUAAAUUUUUAAUAUUUUUUUCUUAUUGUCUUUAUUAUCGGUAAUAUAAGAAACAUAUUCAAUACAUUUUAUCAAGUUUUUUUUUUUAAAUUUGUGAAUUAUUUAGAUAAUUUUAAAAAAUGUAACAAAAAAGUUCAUUCUAGAUAUGACGAUACAUUUUCUAAAGAAACAGCCCAAAUUUAAAUAAAAUUAUUACCGUGUGUAAUUAACUCAAAUAAUAUUCGAUUGAAUUAGAAUGAAAAUCGAAUUAUAAAAUUAUUUGCUUGUAUUUAUUUAAAUUAUCCGUUUUAUGAUUCGAGCAUUUUUGGUAUAAUUCUAUUUCUCAUAGUCUACAAAUAAUUUUUACUUUUAAUUAUUUUUUGAACACAGAAUUCUUGUUGCUUCUGGAUCUUGUUUUUGCCCAAAAAUUCCAUUUUUUAUUAAUUAUUUAAAAUAAGGGGACUUUGGCUUACUGAUGAUAAUUAAAGGCUCCAAAAUAAAAUAUCUAAUCAACAAUCACAAUAACUUUAGUAGCAUUCACACUUUAUGUUUUUAGCAAUAAAAUCAAGCCAUUUAAAAAAAAAAAACAUUUUAUUCGUCAAAAACAAACCCAAGAUCCCAAAGUUGUUAAAACCACAAAGCUUCAUUUAAAACUCAAAAACUCAUCAUUUCAUGACACUCUUUUGAAAUUUUGUGAUGCCCGCAAUUUUGAUCCAAAGAGUUUUUUUAAACGUAUUUACCUUGCUAGUUAUGGAUUUUUGCAGUUAAUAAAUAAAUAAUUAAUCCAUUCAGAACAAGAUGCCCUUUUUUUUGUUGAAAAUUCCAAUAAAACUUUAAGCUUUUUUUUCUUAAAUAUAAAAACAAAGGAUAUUAUUGGAGAAUAAGGUGAUUCAGAUAAGCUUAAAGUAUAUUCCU